AUGUAUCUUUGCUUUGGCUGUGAAUUAUCACAAAGAAUUGUUAACGGAGCUAACGCCUAUGCUGGACAGUUCCCAUGGCAAGUGUCUCUCCAGAGAAGUUCUGGUAGCAGCUGGUCUCAUAUCUGUGGUGGAAGUUUGAUCGCCAACAACCGAGUUUUAACAGCUGCUCAUUGUGUUACUGCAACCAGUGACUGUACAGGUUACUGGGGCGGUUCUAUCAACAGUGGCCAUAUCUGUGUUCAUGAGCCUAACAAAUCAGCCUGUAACGGUGAUAGUGGUGGACCUAUGGUCUGUAAUGGUUAUUUAGCUGGUGUUACAUCAUGGGGUGCAUCCGGUUGUCCUGGUACAUACCCCAGUGUUUAUACCCGUGUAUCUGAAUAUCUUAGCUGGAUCGCGUCUAUUUAA